CCACUGCUGAGAUUGAGCGACUUACUGAAUUGCUGAACGCUGAACAGAGUAAACAGACGAAAAGGUCCGUGUUGGAGCUGGACUUCGAGGAAAUGCGUGGAGAUGGGCCACUUUCCAGGUCGCCUCAUCCAACUUCAGACUCGGAGACUGCAUCGACUACCUCUUCGCAGAAUAUUUUCCCGAGAUUAUCAAGUGAAGAAGCUGAUCGUCAGCGUCAAGAAAUCCAGCAAGCUAUGCAGGAAGAGUCGCCGUUGUCGGCUUAUGUUCGCAAUAUCUUGAAGACUGCCACGGAUAAAAUCGAAGACAAGUGGAGAUCUCGAUUCGCCGAGCAGCUCGCUGAACAUGAACAAGCGUUGGCUCAAGAGCGUGAGCGAUCAUCUGCGUCUGUCCUUUCUAGCUCGCGAUUGGUGACGGAGACUCUGCACGGCAAGGACGAUGAGUUGAAACUCAUUCAAGAGCAGAAUAUUAAUCUUAACCAGACGAUUCGCCAACUGGAGCUGGAUCUGGAAGCCACGCGUUCGGAGCGAGACUUUUUCAAGCAGCAAAUGGAUGACGAAGACGACGAGCGAUCGUCCAGUGCUCACAGCUUCUGGGAGAAAACCACGGAUCUGGCCAAGCAGAACCGGAACCUGACCGAGGAUUUGUCCCAGGCCAACAAGACGGUCGUUCGUCUGAGCGAGACGAUCAGGAUCAUGAAGACGAAGGCGUCGAGUCUGAAAACGGAGAAUGGCGAUCGUGUACGUGAGUCCAAGUCUAUGGUAGCAGAGAAAAACUUGCUGCAGGACAAGCUGGCUGCUAUGGAGCUGAAGUUCGAAGACGAAAAGAAUCGCCGUGAGCAAUUCCAAGUCAAUGUGGAGCAGUUGACAGUGGAAAACACUGCCUUGUACGCGCAGAUGGUGGCUUUGCAGACAACUCAUGCAGCGAAGAUGGAAGAUCUGCAGGCCCGCUAUGAGAAGCGGAACGUCUCUCUUGCUGGUGAGAUGAAGCUCCUUCAGGAUCAGAACCGAAUGAUGCGCAGAAGCGAGCCAAGUACUCAGCGAGACGCGUAUGGCAGUAGUGGUGCCAAUGGCUUAGCGUAUGGAAGUAGUAGUAGCGCUACAACACGAGCUGAUGAUGAAGAAACAACGCAACGCAUCCAAGAGCUGACGGAUGAUCUCCUGGAUGCCCGACGAGAGAUCUCGGAGCAGUCCGAGUUGAUUGCUGAACUGGAAGUGAAGGUUGCCGAAGGUGAAGCAAUUCGCCGCAAGCUUCACAAUACGAUCCAAGAGCUGCGCGGCAACAUCCGCGUUCAUGUUCGAUUGCGUCCGUUCUUGCCGUCUGACGGCGCGGAAGGAAUGGCUGAGAACCCAGAGUCGUCUAUUAUGUGUGACACUUUUGCCUCGACGGUCACGACCAACGUGGAGAGUCCACAUACGUUCGCGUUUGACAAAAUCUACGGCCAGGCUGACUCGCAGGAGUUCGUAUUCAAGGAUGUGUCGGACUUCAUCCAGUCAGCUAUGGAUGGCUACAACGUCUGCAUCUUUGCGUACGGCCAAACUGGGUCCGGCCAAGACCCACACCAUGCAGGGCAGCGGAAAGGCUCAAAUGCGCGGCAUUAUCCCGCGAUCGAUGGAUCUCAUCAUUAAUUGUUGCGAGGAGUUGACGGCGAUGGGAUGGAACUUUUCGCUCAUGGUGACGUACUAUGAGAUCUACAAUGAGAGCA